CCGGUGACCAGAGUCCAACAUGCCCGGACCGAGCCGCACCGGGGGCAAAGUAACGAUCAGUCAAAGCCACGCCCACACCCGAACCUGCUCACCUCGGUGUUGGGCCCGGUGGUCCGCCUACGGCACCCGAGACAAGCGGAAACUUUAGCCGAAGCUGCGCUCUCCGGCCCGGCGGGUUCCUCGGCGAUCCGACGCCGGGAGCGAGCAACGAUCCUCGGCCGUCGAGGUGUUGGCGGAGCUGCGCGGCGAGAGGACCAGAAGUGGCUGAAGAGACGUCGAACAAGCGACGAAAAUCACUCGGAGAAAGUUGAUGUGCUCUUCGCCUUAACUGUCGCCAUCUUCGCCCGCGGGGCAUGAUGGGUAAUCCUCCUCUGGAAUCCCGUGCUCCCCUCCCCUUUCCUGACGUUCUGUGCGUAGUGACGUUGUUCUCGCCGUGACGUCAGGGCGUGAUCACAUGAUCAAUCAAGUUGCUUUUGUUCCUAUGUUUUGUCUUUACAAACCUUUUUCUUCUUUUGCCUCCGAUUCAAAAUGGACGACGUGUCAGUAAUUGCUUUUACGAAGUCGAACUAGUCGAAGCUUUACUAGGAGAAUGAUUGGUAUUUUGGUUUAUUAGCCAUUAGCCACAUGGUCCAUUAUUAUUUAAUAGCUGGAUAUUGUUUAAUAGUGGAUGAUAGCUAAUAUCGCUUCAGUGACAAGGCCGAAUACAGUACAUCGUAAAGGAAGCACUCCCCCGUGUGGUUGUGCAGUGAACUGCAGAUGUAUGGAAAGUAACAUGAAGAUCCUUCACUUCAUUGUCUGCCCACCCCCGUUGCUUUACUUUGGAACUCUCCUUGGACAAAACAUGUCCACACGCACACACACACAGCAGCUGCCGAGAAGAUUAUGGGUGUGCAAAAGAAAGACGAGGACAAUGCCCAGCUGCUUCACAACAAUCCAGAUCGGACGCCACACUCCUGCGAGGAAUGGGAACGUCGGCAGGAAUGUUGGUUGGCUCGUUGGAGUGGCAGCAGCUGUUCCCAUGGAUGCCAUCUUUCCAAUCAGUACACUUCACUCUUUCUUCGGGACGCCCCUCUCACCCACACACACACACGCACACACACACACACACACACACACUGAACUGAUGGACAGGUGUGUGCAAGCGUUAAGCGUGCACGUUAGUGUGUCAUCAGACAAGAAUGGCAGCAUGCCAGGGUCAGAGGUCAUGGCCAGUGUCCGUUCAUCAGCUGAGACGUUCAAGGACUUUUCCAAACAUGGACAACAUAAAGGAAGAUGACACACAAUACACGCUAUUAUUAUGAUAUUACAUACAUACUAUGAUUAUUCAUAUCAUUAUACAUACUAUACUAGCUAUUAGUAUUAUUAUUACACUAAACUAGCUUAGCUAUAUUAUGCAUAAUAUCAAUUAUCAUGAUAUUAUAUGUACAUAUUUCAGUUCUGCUGUUCUGCUACAGGGGUUCUAGUGAUAACUCUAGAGGUUCUAGUGUUCUCCUGCUGCAGAGGUUUCGUGAUAAAUGCAGAGGUUCUAGUUAUAAGUGUAGACUUUCAAGUGUUCUACUGCUAUAGAGGUUUUUGUGAUAAGCGUAGAGGUUCUAGUGUUCUGCUACAGAUGUUCUAGUGAUAACUCUAGAGGUUCUAGUGUUCUGCUGCAGAGGUUUCUGUGAUAAAUGUAGAGGUUUUAGUGAUAAGUGUAGACUUUCUAGUGUCGUACUGCUAUAGAGUUGAACUGAUAACUCGAGAGGUUCUAGUGUUCUGCUGCUACAGAGGUUCUAGUGAUAACUACAGGUUCUAGUGUUCUAUUGCCGCAGAGGUUUCUGUGAUAAAUGUAGAGGUUCUAGAUAUUCUCGUGUUCUACUGCUAUAGAGGUUCUUGUGAUAACUCUAGAGGUUCUAGUGUUCUCCUGCUACAGGUUCUAGUGAUAACGGUAGAUGUUCCAGUGUUCUACUGCUACACAGGUUGUAUUAAUGACUAUAGAGGUUCUAGUGGUCUACUGCUAUAGAGGUUUUUGUGAUAAGUGUAGAGGUUCUAGUGUUCUCCGGCUACAGAAGUUCUAGUGAUAACUGUAAAGGUUCUAGUGUUCUACUGCUAUAGAGGUUUUCGUGAUAAGUGUAGAUGUCCUCGUGUUCUACUGCUAUAGAGGUUCUUGUGAUAACUCUAGAGGUUCUCGUGUUCUACCGCUAUAGCAGUUCUUGUGAUAACUCUAGAGGUUCUAGUGUUCUACUGCUAUAGCGUUCUAGUGAUAACUCUAGAGGUUCUAGUGGUCUACUGCUAUAGAGGUUUUCAUGAUAAGUGUAGAUGUUCUCAUGUCCUACUGCUAUAGAGGUUCUUGUGAUAACUCUAGAGGUUCUAGUAUUCUACUGCUACAGGUUCUAGUGAUAGUUGUAGAUGUUCCUGUGUUCUACUGCUACACAGGUUGUAUUGAUGACUGUAUGGGUUCUAGUGGUCUACUGCUAUAGAGGUUCUAUUAAUGACUAGAGGUUCUAGUGAUUAUUUAGCACAUUUACACCAAGACACAAACAAAGACGAGCCUCCAGUUAAAUACUAAAAUGUGUGUGUGUGUGUGUGUGUGUGUGUGUAAGCGAGGGGUCCAGCUGCCAUUCUGAGGGUGGGAUCAUCACCCCCCCCCCCCCAACCUCCGAAGCUCCCAUUGUGCUUUGCCAGGUGGUUUGUGUGUUAUGUUGACGCUCACUUCAGAGACGACAAGGAACCUCCAGGCUGCUCUGACUCGCUUCUUCUGGCAGGUUCUAAUGACAACUACAUGCUGUAGCAUCAGAGGUUCUAGUAAUCAUGGUAGACGUUCUAGUGGAGCCUACAGAUGUUCUAAUAGUCACCUCGGAGGUUGUGCUAAAGUUCUCCUUUAAAGGUGACCAUGUUGCCGUGCGUUCUGCUGCUGCUCAUCCUGCCAGCCAAGUGUGACAGUGAAGGAGGCGAGUGCAGCUGUGAAAGGGCCAACAGUCGCUGUGACGACUCAGGAGCGUGCAGGUGUGACCCCGGCUGGGAAGGCGAGGUCUGCGAACGCUGCGUUCCGACACCGGGCUGCGUCCACGGAAGCUGCCGGCGCCCUUGGCAGUGCGAGUGCCUGCCUGGCUGGGGGGGACGCUUCUGUGACAAAGACCUCAAUGCGUGCUCACGGCGGCCGUGUCACAACGGAGCCACGUGUGUGAUGGACGACGACGGCGAAUUCACGUGCGUGUGUCCACCGGACUUCUACGGUCCAAACUGUGAGCUGAAGACGGGGCCGUGCCUGCGGAACAGGUCGGCAUGUCAAAAUGGCGGCCAGUGCGAAGAUGACCACGGCUUUGCGGCCCAGUUGACUUGUCGCUGCUUGGCAGGCUUCAGCGGGCCACGCUGUGAGUUCGACAUGGACGACUGUGCCAUGGCGCCUUGUGCCAACGGCGCCACAUGCCUGGACGCCGUGAACCGCUUCCUGUGCGUUUGCCCCGCCGGCUUCACCGGACGCUUCUGCACAGUCAACGUGGACGACUGUGCUAGUCGGCCUUGCCUCAAUGCCGGCCGCUGCCUCGACCUCGCCGGAAGCUUCCACUGUGUGUGCCGACCGGGCUUCGCCGGUCUCACCUGCCAGGUGGAGCUGAGGACCGGCGAUGGUCGUGAGUGGCGAGGACAACGACUGACCAAGGGCGGGGCCGACAACAGCACAGACGGCGUCGAUGUGCUCUUCAGGGUGACACUGAGCGAGCGCAGCGUUGGUCUGUCAAGAACGGAGAUGCUUUCACUGCAGGUGUUGGCGGCCGUGACUUCGGUCGCGGUCGUGCUGACCGCAACAUUCGUGCUGCACGCUCAUUGCAGAGCCUGUGGCCACGCCCCCUGGAGGCGACAGCGAGCGCAGCAGAACCAUGCCGACUGUCGCAUGAACUUUCUGCACACAACUGACAGGAAGUUGAACUGUGACCCUGUCCCCAUACAGCCUUCAUAUUAUGCUAAUGAGCACUGACGUCAUCACUCAUCAUGGAUACUGACCUUUCAAAAUAAGAGCAUGCCAUUUUGGACUUAAAGCCACUCUAAUGUGGCAACAUGCCACACGUCGUCCUCGCACCUUCAGGUUACAGGUCAGAGGUCAGUGAUUGUCUUGGAAAUGUUUGUAUUAAAAAAAUCCAACAUUUCCUGUUUAUUAUUUAGGAGUUGAUUGGCUGGUCUCACAAACAGGAAGUAUGUAUGUUGGAGGGUGGGUCUCGGCCAAUAAGCUCUCGCCUAGACCUAAUAUGUCAGGGGGCGGAGUCUGUACACGUUUAAGAAGUGGACAGAGCGAAACCCACUGGAUCUGAUCCAGCUUCUGAAAAGUUCAGUGCGGGGUUGGGAUGUUUCUCGUCUCUGAUUGGUGGAGGCAUGCUGGGGUGUAGGUUGGAGGGGCGGGCCUCGUCUGUCGUCUUUCCUGUCACCUUAAGUCAGCAGAUUGGCCAUCCUCUGCUGCAGUUUGGGGCUGAUGUGGUUCUCGGUCAGAACCAGAAGCCGCAGGAUGGUGAGGAAGUUGUCCGCCAUGUUCAAGAACACCUGGACACGCAGCCCCGCCCUCAGUGGGCGUCUGCACCAUUUGAUUGGCUUUGGAGGCCCAGAAAAAGUCCAGCCCACUGUACAUCCACCCUGUAUUGACUGGUGACUUUGUUUUUUCUCUCCGUAUGCCAACAUCCUACACUAAUGAUUCAUAUGAGGAAAACCAAGUUUAGGGCUUCAAAAUAAGAAUGUUAAAAAAUAUGCUCUCAUAUAUAAUCAUUGUGUUCACUAAAUAAAAUUCAUCAAUAUUAUCAAAGUAUGCACUGUGUAUUACUAUUUUAUACUCGGUUCAGAGCUACUGGUUA